AUGGCGCAGGCAGUCAACCAGACUGUCUUGGACGGCAAUCUUACGGCCACCCUUGACCUCGAGGAUGUGGCUACUCUAAUUCCCGGCAUUGGGGACAAUGCGCUUCUGACUUAUGUCAUGCUUCUGGUCAUGGCCAUCGUGCCCAUCUACGUUGGCGCACACCGCAGCCUGCGAGUGGCCAGCGAGCAACGCGAAGUUAUGACCCACAAGGAUGCCAUGCACUUUCCCCUGACCGCCUCAGUGGUCUUGGUCUCUCUUUACAUUGUCUUCAAGUAUUUGGGCGAAGAAUAUAUCCGCCACCUGCUGUCGGCUUACUUUUUUCUGGCCGGUGCUGGCAGCGCUGGCAUGAUGCUCUCAUCGCUUCUCCGCAGCGUGGUGCCCUCGAGCUGGGCUGGCCCGACCUUUCAUUUGUCCUUUGUCCAAGAAAACAACGGCGAGGCAACCAGUGACAGCAAGGAUGAUGAGGCCAACAACACACCCCAGUCCGAACCUGUCGAGA